AUGGCUAUUGCCACCACUAGGAGAUGUCGAUUAGGAAGAUUAAUGGCAUCUCAUAUUCCAUGUGCUUAUAAUCGGUGUGAAACAGGCAUUGGUAUAUUUGCUUGUCAAGGAUGUGAACGCGUAUUUUGCAAGAAGCAUUCAUUUGAACAUCGUCAAGAGUUAGCUAAAGAACUCGAUAAAGUUGUUAAGGAACAUGAUGUUAUUCUAACGCAAUUACAAAGCUUUGAAACAACAAUAGACGUUACGUCUCAUGCACUUCUGGAUCAAAUUGAUAAAUGGGAACAACAUGCAAAAAAAAUGACACAAAAAGCGGUCGAUGAAGCACGAAGUAAGGUGUUGCAAUCAUUAAGUGAUAAUAAUCAUCAAUUAACCAAAGAGUGUCGACUAUUAAUCGAAGACAUUCGACCAAGUUGGGAAAGUGAAGAUUAUGUUGAAACAGAUUUAAAGAAAUGGAGACGACAACUGGAUAAAAUUAAAGACGAAUUUUCUAUGCCAAAAAAUAUACGUAUUGAAAACGAUCUGUUGUCACUCAAACACAUGCUAAACGUUAUUUCAACACCCCGAAUACCGCCAACACCUCGACCAUAUGCAGUACAAAGCCGGAGCACAAAGGAAUGCUUUGAGAAAUACUGUGGGUUUAUCCGUGUGGAAGAAAGUGGAAAAUUAGUUAUUCACACGGGUAAUUCUGACAUGGAUGCAAGUGUUUAUGGUGCAAAAUUAUACACACACGGUACACAUCGAAUUCCUGUUAAAAUUGAUAAAAUGCAAGAUAAUUAUUGGAUAUUCAUCGGAAUUGUUUCAUCGUCGUUUCCAGCGAAUGUCAACGCAUCUGCAAUAAAAUCAGCAUAUGGAUGGGCAGCUUCUAAAAAAGCAUGUCCCUUUGUUUAUUUGCAAGGUAUUGAAAUGAAUGGUUCUCAUUACGCGUACAAUGGCGAUAUAUGUAAGAAUGACAUUAUUGAGUUGAUACUAAAUUGUACUGAAAGAAAAAUUCAAUUAGUGAAUAAACGAACAAAUAACAGAUAUGAAAUAAACGUUAAUAUUAAACAGUGUCCAUUUCCGUGGAAAAUAGCUGUAACACUUUAUUAUAGUGGCGAUCGUGUACGCCUCGUAUGA